AUGAGUUUAGAUGAAGUCAAGAUAGCCACCAUCGCAGACAAGACCAUUUCUAAGACCAUAGAAUUGUCGCUCAGGGCACGUGCAGUCAACAUUGCGCAUGAGGGACAUCAGGGCGUAAGUCGUACAAAGGCAUUCUUGCGUUCAAAGACUUGGUUUCCUGGCCUGGACGUUGCAGUAGAGAAUGCUCUUAAACACUGUCUAGCGUGUCAAAGUAUAACAGACAGGCAGAUUCACUUUGAACCUCUACAAAUGUCAGACAUGCCGUCUGGCCCUUGGGAGAACCUCAGCGCCGAUUUUUGUGGCCCACUUCCCACGGGUGAAUAUUUGUUCGUAGUGAUUGACGAAUACUCACGAUUUCCUGUUGUUGAAAUUAUGAAGUCAACUUCCGCUAGUGCAACCAUUCCUGUAUUGGACAAAUUGAUCUCUACGUUGGGCAUACCAAAGGUCAUAAAAACCGAUAACGGAAGUCCAUUUAACUCUCAUGCCUUUAAGGAGUUUGCCGAGAACAUUGGUUUCCAUCAUCGACGCAUCACUCCAAGAUGGCCGAAAGCUAAUUCCCAGGCUGAAUCGUUCAAUAAGCCAAUAAUAUAA